UGUAAUAACAAUACUUGAGAUUAAUAACAAACAACAUAAUAUUAUUGAUUUAGCACACUCCAAUAUUAUUAUUAAGUAUUAUUAUUUAUUUAUGUGCAUAAAACUCCGUACUCCGUAGCAACUAGAGCUGUGGCCUGUGAAAUGAAGUAAUAAUUUAGCAUAAUAAAUAAUGCGCAUACAAUUAAACCCGUAUUGCCCUUCUUUUGUCUUUGUUUUUCGAACUCCUCAUUUGUGACAUUGGUGUUUUUUAUAUCACAAUAGCACUACAUGUAAUCGAUGAUUGUAUUUCCUAUAAAUACCUACUUUGUACUUCGACAGACCACAAUAAUUUUAUUAUUCCACCAUAUUGAAUGUUCUUUUGAGUAGCCGCACUAAUAGGUUACGUAUUGUGUUUAUUAAAAGUAUAAAAAAAUUUAUAAAACUGUCGAAAAUGGUUCUUGUUCAGUUAAUUUUUCUAUUAAUACUUAUUAAUCAAUUUUACAAUAAUGUGGAAUGCAUAUCGUUCUUCCAUUUUACACAGGAUCCACCACCAGUCAGGGACAUUGCCCUAAUGUCUAGAUAUAUUGUUCAUAAUUCAGAUUGGGCAACACUAUCUUAUUUGGGAAACCAGUCAUUUAUGGAUGGUAUGCCAAUGGGUAGGGUCUAUUCAGUUAGUGACGGAACAAUCAAUAAUAGUUCCGGUGUUCCCUACAUUAUGGCUUCACCAAUGGACUUAUCAUUUCAAGAUGUUAUGAAAACAAAAAAAUGUUCUCUAGUGUUGAGUUUGGCACAGUCUGGUUAUUGCAAUAAAAAAUCUUAUGACCCUGAAGAUCCACGAUGUGCACAGCUUACAUUGACUGGAAAGUUUGUUAAGUUGGAUAAAACUGAUUCUGAAUGGAAUGUAGCCAAAACAGCUUUAUGGACCAGGCAUCCUGUUAUGCGUAAAUGGAACAUUCUUGUGCCAGGUCACAAAUGGCAAUUUGCAAAAGUAAAUAUUGAACAUAUUACACUCAUUGAUACAUUUGGUGGUCGUAAGUAUCCAACUAUUGCUGAAUAUUUCAAUGCAACUCCAACUUUCAAAUAUUGGCCCAAAUCAAGACACACAAUUAUUACAGUUAAAGAAAAUGUCAUUAUUGAUGAAGAAUUUUAAAAUUAUAUAGGUGCUCUUUUUAAAAUAAAAUGUAUGAAUAUUAUAUUAAAAAUGGCCAAUCAUAACUUAUAGACUGAUUUAUGGUAUAAAUGUAUUAUUCAUUAAUUCAUAUAUAUACUGGGUGAUUCUUUUUUCAAACAAUACUCAUU